UGCAGAAAAGGAUUUAUUUGAUACUUGAGUAUGCUGCUAGAGGCGAGCUUUACAAGGAGCUUCAGAAAUGCAAGUACUUCAGCGAAAGACGAGCUGCAACUGUUGUAUGUUGCAUCGUUGGCGAGGGCUCUCAUCUAUUGCCAUGGCAAGCAUGUGAUACACAAAGAUAUCAAACCAGAAAAUCUGUUAAUCGGUAGUAAGAUCAUCAAGUAGUGAAAAGACACCAAGAGAGAUUUGAGAAUUGAUUAUCUUAUGAAUUAAAAUAGUGUUCACGGCCCCGCGCUUGCGCGGGGGCUCUGCCCCUAGUACAAACAAAAGAUAACUAUCUUAAUUUAUUCCAAAUAAUAAAUAAUAAAAUAUUUGGAUAUAUUCCAAAUAAUUAUCUGCAUUAUUUUUUCAAGUCAUCGUCUGAUAAAAGUAAUUUUCUUCUUUUAUAGGCACUUCAACUUUUGGACAGAAUGGCUUAUCAACGCCUCAGUGAAGUCCUUUCAGAAGCACCAGACGACAAUCUUGAUGUUUAUUUACCGUUAUAGGUUAGAUGCACAUGUUGGUAAUGUCAACUAUCUUGCUUUCUCCCUACCAAACCAGGAAAUGUGUUUUGUCACUUGUGGAGACGACAAGAAAAUAAAGGUUUGAAUCGUGGAAUAUGUUUUUAGAGUUUGAUUAUGGGUGCAUCUUGCUUAUUACUUUUUAUGCAAAAUAUUGAAGUUCCCACUUGCGAUCUAAUUAACGAGAGACAUGCCUCAACAAGCCCGUUAAACUUAACCAUCAUGAAAAAGUGUAUACAAACUUCCUCUUGUCAGGGCCAAAAGAGAUCUUUCUCAACAUUUAAAGUUUUGUACUGCUUGAAAAUGUCUUAAGGUUUCAUACUGUUUUGAAUACCAGGAGAGCGUCACAUCUUACAAAGAGGGAUGAUGGUCAUAUGGUUAUCUUCUUUGAGAAGGAUGGUGCAGAGAAGGAUCUCUCUUGGCCCUGACAAAAGGAAGUUUGUAUACACUUUUUCCAUGUUGUUGGUUAAAGUUUAACUUGCUGGUUUGAGUCAAGCUUUUGAAAUUCCAGAAUAUGAAACAAUAGGAUGCUUAAGCUUGUGAUUGUAAUAACACUCAGUGGUUGAUUGAGCAUUUUAAACAUUGGCAUAAACUCCGUAGAAACAACAAGAGAACUCAGCUUAGCUCCAAAGUUGCUUAGCAUCAAAUCAAUUUUGGUGUUUCCAGACAUGCCAUCUGAAGUUACUCUCACAAUGUAGCUUUGGUCCUCGGCAUUACCGUACCAGAGGUAGUGGAGCUGGCAUGGCAGAAAGCACUGCAGCAUGUAAUCUUUUAUCACCGGAGGAGGUUCCAGAGACCAGACACACACUAUCUUGAGUGGGCUCCAAAAAAAAGCAGCAGAAUAUGAAGCUGGAUUUGCAGGUUAACCAUGGAAGUCUUCAUCGCUGGGAUAUUUUUCGAGUAUUGCACAACCCCUUCGGCCAGCAUAAAGAGAGAAGCAGCUGAAAAGAUGCUCCGUUCAUAAAGGUGCAACAGAUCUUCCAAGUAAGAACGGUAACCCAUCAUCAAUAAGGAUGUCAAAGAAGGGAGAACAAGGGAGAGGCGACUGUCAAAUAUAUCUGAGCAGUUAAAGUAGAGGCCAUGACUGAGCAACAGAUCUCCGAAACUGUAACGUUCCAGUCCGACGGGCAGUGCAUUAAUUUUUUCAAGGCCCGAAUGUCUUGUUUACUGACCCUGCAAUCACCACCCAAAAUUUUUAGUGCUUUGGCCUCAUUCGCACAAUGUUACAAAUCACUUUCCGAUAGGUCACUCAUCCUUCCACUGAUUCAGCUUAAGUACGUUUAACUCUGGAGUUCUAAACAGAUGUGUGAUAGAUAAGGUAAGCGCAUUCGCACAAUGUCACAAAUCACUUUCCGAUAGGUCACUCAUCCUUCCACUAAUUCAGCUUAAGUACGUUUAACUCUGGAGUUCUAAAUAGAUGUGUGCUAGAUAAGGUAAGCGCACUUUGGUGACAUAGGUAGCAAAAUCAAUUUUAUUAAACUUUUCCACAUAUACCAGAAAUUGGGAUGUUACCGUUAGUGACAACUUGUCAUGUGGGAAAGUUGUUAAAGGGUGAGAUCUUGGGUUCGAGAAACGCUAACCGCACCAAUAAUCUACGUGACGGAUUGUUACAGAAACGCUCUCAAAUUAUCAUUGGUAGUGACAAGUACGAAGCUUUUGAGAAGAGUCUUGAUGCCGGCGAGCUUGGGCUCCAACGGCGCCGGAAGAUGGUGGUGAAAGCUUUGCCUCCAUAGUCGCGUCUGAGAGGAGCGAUUAUAGGAUCCUUGACUAUAAAUAUUUACGGAAAAAUUUACUUUGUUGGACACAUUUCCACUUUAUAAUUACACUUGAAGACAUUUUCCCCAUGCCACUUUUCAUAUAUGAUAUAUCUUUCCUACCCUCAACUAAACUCCAACUAGACAUUCAUAACUCUCUUAACUAAUCUCAACUCAUUCAUUACUGUCCACACAUUCAGACAAAAAAAAAAAAACAAUUAAAAUACAAACAUGUGUAUUCUCUCUCCUAUCCCCACUUUUGAUUUUUAGAUUUAUUUUCUCCCAUUCCAUCUCUUUCGACUUGAUCUCUCAGCUCGUUGAAUGUAUCAAAAAUUCGAGACCACCACCGUGUUCCUCUCACCGUAGCUCCCAACCACGCCUCAAACAGAGCUCAUACGCAUUUGUAAUCAUCGUGAGAAGCUUCGCAUUCCGAAUAGAAUUUUGACUCAAUGUCUCAGCUCAUUGAUCGUAUCAAAAUUCCAAAACCAUAACCGUGUUCCUAUAAAUGUAGCGAAGCCUUAGCUUCAUACCACGCCUCAAACAGAGCUCAUAUGCGCAUGUAGUCACCGCGAAAAGCUUCAGCGGAUCCGAGAUCCGAGAUGAAUUGAAAAUGGACACGAUAAGGACUUCUGUCAUCGACGCUGCAGUUUGUGGCGAGUGUCUUGGGAGAGGAAAGAAGAAGCAGGAGGAGAGGUAGGGACGACGAUGGUCAGCAGGUCUGAGCUCAAGUGUGGAGAGGACGGCAUGACAUCGAGCUCUCUUGAUGUGGACAGAGGAUGUGUGGAUGUGAUCGGUGUGGACGGAAGUUUUGUGGAUGUGAUCGGUGUGGACGGCAGCUGUCCAUUCAAACCUCGUACUCACAAACAUCUAUACAUGAUCCCAUCCAUAAGUAUCCAUCCACAAGAACUUGUCCACGUGGUUACUAUCAGCUUAUGUAAUGUUUUGACGUUUUUUGUUGUUUCCAGCUUAACUAACUGUAAAAUUAUUCAAAGAUGGAUACAAAAAUGAUUUCGAUAGGAUCUAUACUAAUUUUUUUGAAUUGAAUAGUCUCUUGAAUCUUUAUUUUUCAAUACGUGGGAGGGAAGAUGAAGCUUGAACAUGUAUUCAUAAUCCGUCCACAAUCAUCCGUCCACAAGAAUUUGUCUGCUUUUUAUAGUAAAAGUUAGUGAACUUGUAUUUUUGCAUUAUCAUUAUUCAAACACCAUCCAUUGUACUUCGUAUAUUCCACCUAGUUCAACCACUAAGUUCACAAAUCACUCGUACACAUCUAUUUCUUAAGAAACUCAUAAUGCUCAAAAAAUUGAACUAUCCAAAAAUCUCAAAGAUCUUAAGAAAAUCUGAAAACUCAAACUUGAAUGAAUUUUCAUCCAUAAAUUUUCAAAUCUAUAUUUCUCGAGUUCAUGUUUUUAUGACUAUGUUUCUCUGUCCACGUCUUCUUCAUCCAUGUUUUCCAUUUACGUCUUUCUUGUCUGUAUGUUUCCGUAAGAAAAUAAAAAUAUAAAAAUAUAUAUUAAAAUGUAGAAAAUAAAAAGUUAUAAUUUAUGGUAUUAAACAAAGUUGAUUUAUAUAUAUUUAACUUUUGAAAAUAAGAAACUACAAUGAAGGUGAAUUAAGAAUUAUAAUUAUAUAAAAUCCUAUUUCUCUCUCUCUUCAACUAAAGAACCAUUCCAUCAAAAUUUUAGUUAGCUUAUGGUUGAUUCUUUAGAAACAAUAUGCUUCUACUUAUACAAAAGCAAAGUUAUUUUUGUCUAGAAAAAGACAGCUGUCCAUACAAAGUACACACAAAGUGUGUUAAAGAUACAAUGUGUCCUCAAAUGAAAAGAGAAGACAUAAAAUCUCUUUCUGUGUAAGUCUCUCAUAUCACUCAUAUUUAAUUACGUCCCUCUUUUAAUCUUUAAAACAUACAUUAGUAAAAAUGCUUUGAUUUUAGAACUGCUUUUAAUUAUUACAAUGAGUAUUGGCUACAUUUAAAACAAGACAAAAACACAACCAAUUGUUAAUAAAAGUAUUUAUUACAUUCAAAUAAAUAAAUAUAAUUAUUAAUAUAAUUAGUUUUAACAUAUUUUAUUAAUCAGUGUGACACUUUUGUGAACCAUAUGUGGUAUUAACAAUAUGCUAUAAUAUGUAACAAAGUAUUAAAAUGUGAGUUUAUUAAAUGAUUGUGCAAAUAUAUAUUACUUCAGGGAUAUCUUGCUGGCCGAAGCCGAACCUACUAAUUCUGGGGGCAUGGUCACCGCACAAGAGGGACCCAUCGCAAUGGAUAUUAGAUAUUCAUGUCAUCUGGCCACAUAAACGGGUAAAUCUGAUUUUGGUAGAUAUCAAAUUUGAGAUGCGUAGUAUCUUUCCAAGGCCGCUGUACCACUCGAUCACGCUUAUGUGGUUAAUGAUUAUAUAUAUUGUUGAGUGUCUUCGGAAAAGGUUGAGUUUGUUCAGUCUGCAAAGGGUUUGCCUCAAGACUUUAAGAGUAUAUUGAUCACAAAGUACCCAGAAUUUUUCAAGGAGUGUCUGUGUCUUGUUUGCAAGGAGCAAGCUGAUUGCAUCUAGCGUAAAUCAAGUGUUCAAACAGAAUAGAAACAGACAUUACCACUAUUCCAUUUCCAUCCACCAACAAGCAAACAACUCAACUGUUUCUAUAACCAAUUUAGUAGAAGCCUAAAUGAUCAAGAACCAGAGAGAAUCAAUAAUCUUUUGGGUGGUUUUGUAAGUGAGGUUUUGUAAGUAUCAGUUUCUCAUUUGCUACUUAAGAAACUCUGAGGAGAGUGAACCUUUCACAUGUCUUUCCCAAGGAGAAAAAGACGUAGACCAACACAAAUUAGAAUCAAACAAAUGAAGAAAAUAAUUAGUGGCUCUGAAACGAAAAUUUGUGAUUGAUAAGUUUGUUUUAUUAAGUUUACUACAACUAACCUUUGAUGAAGAUAUUGGUUGAUAUUUGGCAAAAGUUACUGUAGUUGAACUUGUUAGUUUUCAAUAUUGUUAAAAUUAAUCAUAUUCCACAUAUUUUAGACUUUUGGUUUUUUUUUUUUAACAUAUUCCAUGUUACAUGUAGUUGAACAUAUUUUAGACUUUUGGUUUCUUUUAUUUUGUGGUGACUUAUAAUUUAUAACAGUUCAUUAAUUUGUUUUUGGAUAACCAUACUUUCUACAUUAACCUGAGUAAAAUAUAUAGUGACCAAUUCAUUAACUUGGUUCAUAUUUUGUUUUGAAAUUUAGCUAACACCAUUAAUAGACUAUCUAAAAAUAAAGGAAAACGUUUUCCAAAAAAGUUAUAAAUACAACAGAUAGAUAAUUUCAUUACUUCAAAAAUUAUAUCUCACAAAAAAAAAAGAAUAAUUUCAUAGUGUUUCUGUUUGUUAUUACUAUAGCUCUAACUGGUGACCAUUAAAAUAGGAAUAUAAAUAAAUAAGAAAGGAAUGAAUAGGAACAAAACAAAAUGAAUGAAAAUGAAUAUUAUUCCUUUUGUUCCAUAUCCAUUUUGAUAAGGAAUGUUUUUCUUCUACAGUUCCUUAAAAUUCAAAGAAUGAUAAGGAAUCAAACGCAGCAAAAUUCCUCAGAAAUGGUGCAUUUUUUAAGGAAUGAGUAGGAAUGGAUUAUUCCACUUAAUUUUUAUAUCACGAUUUGGACCAUAUAAUCAAACAGAUGAAGAAAGUAAUUAGUGUCUCUGAAACUAAAAUGUGUGAUAGAAUAAGUUUUUUUAUUAAGUUUACCACAACUAACAUUUGAUAGAGAUAUUGGUUGAUGUUUGGCAAAAGUUACAUGUAGUUGAACUUUUUAUAUUGUUAAAAGUAAUCAAAUUCCACAUAUUUUAGAUUUUUGGUUUUCUUUAUUUUUUUGGUGACUUAUAAUUUAUAACAGUUACUUUAUUUAGUUUUAUUCUUUUUGGAUAACCAUGCUUUCGACAUUAACCUGAGUAAAAUCUAUAGUGACCAAUUAUUUUACUUGGUUCAUAUUUUGUUUUUAAAUUUAGCUAACACAAUUAAUAGACUAUCUUGAAUAAAGGCAAACGUUUUCCACACAAAAAGAGUUUUUGUUUUGUUGGUGGUCGUGCUCUAGUUUUUGGACUUAUUAUGUUGGUGGCCGUGCUCUAGUUUUUGUUUUACAGUUGAAUUCCUUCAAAAUAUUAAGCAAAAUGCCUGUAUUUGUUUUACUCUAUUUUUGAUACAGAAGUCCAUUAAAAUCCAAGAAAAGUGAAUUCUAACAUAAUCAAAUGAAAAUUGAAUAACAGGUGAUUUUAGUUGAUUUCAAAUUCCAUCUAACAAAUACCCAAUCCAAUAACAAUGGAUUUUCGUUUAAAUUAGAAUUCCGUUAAAUUCUAUUGAAAUUAUGAAUUCAAUAACACCACCUAAGUGUAUAAGUGUUUUUUAUCCUUCAUUAAAAGUGAAAGUAAAAGUGGUUAGUGUAAACAUGAAAAAAGGUACUAUGAAUUGGGUAUUUGUAGCAAUUUUCCUUUUAUUUUAGAAAUUUGUUAGUGGUAAUUGUAUAAAAAAUGAGUUUGCUUUUUUUUUUGUUUACCUCGUCAUAAUUGAUUUUACAUAUAUAAAAGGGAAAUUCUCUCAAAUAGAUAUUUUUAAGUUUUUGUCACAAAAUAGCCCUCAAAAACAAAAAUGAACAAAAUAGCCUCUUUUUAUUUUGAAAAUUUUAAUUUUAACUUUUUUAUUUUAAAAAAUUUGAAACCAUAUCCCCAAAUCUUCACCCUUUAACUCUAAAUCCUAAAUCUAUAUUAGUUAACCCUAGGGUAAAAAUACAUUUUAAUUCUUUAAUAAAACUUAUUUUGGUCAUUUACUUCAUUGAAGGCUAUUUUUGUGACAAAAACUUAAAAAAAAAGGCUAUCCUAGGGAAUUUCUCUAUAUAUUACAUUCAAUAUUAUUCAGUCCAUUUUAUAGAUUUUCAAAAUUUAUGUUAAGCCUAAAAUAAAUUCAAAUGGGCUGAACUAAAAACAUACACUUUUCUUUUAAAUCUUCAAUGGGAGAAUUGAAAUCAUUUUCUGCUGGUAAAUCUAAUAAAAAAAAGAAAAAAGUUAUGCAACCAAAUUUUACGCAAACUAUUAUGUAACAUUAUAUAUACAAAUAUGUAUACAAUUUGCCAGAAUCUCUCCGGUUCAUCUUCCUUUUCCAAUUUUUCUUUCUAUAAAAAUAAUCAUGUUUUAAUGCAUUAAAUAACCAAAUAUCAAAGGAAAUAAUUAAAUGGUUAUUUUUUCAUAUUUGAAUUUAAUGAUAUAUAAUAAAGUAUUAAGUGGUUCAUUUAAUGUUAAUUUUUUUAAUAAUCCUAGUAAAGUUGGUCCAAUUAAAAAAAAGGCUGAGGAAUGCUCUCAGUUUGACAUGUAACCAUGCUCCUUAAGUUUUUCAUUUUAACAAUGCUGCAUGAUUAAUAUAUAGGGGAUAUUAAAAUAUUUGCUAUGAAAAAUUUGGUACAUUUAAAAAAGAAAGGAGAAAACGAAUAAAUGUACACAAGUCUCUCUUCCAAAAAUAGCAUAAAGUGAACUAUUCUUUCGCCUUUUACUAACGAAUUAGGUUAAGAUCCGCGCCUAGCGCGGAAUGAAAAUUUUAUAUAAAAAUUAUUUUAUGUAUUAUAUAUUUUUACAUAUUAUAAAAUAAUAGAUAUAUAUUGAAUAAUCAAAAGCCAGUAACUAUUACAUAUACAAUUAAAUUGGUACGAAAAUAUAAAUCAGUUUUAUUAAUCUAAACAAUAUUUUUUAUUUGAUAGGAUAUGUAAUUAAAUUUAAAUGAUAUUAACAUACAUAGUAUAUUUUUAAUAUUAAUGCCUAUUAAAAGAUAUUUUCUACUCAUCUGGUGUUUUUGACCAUUUGUAUCUUUAAUAGCUAAAACUUUAAAUUAAUGAUAAUUUAUAAAAAAAAUUUAAAAAAAGUAAAGUUGUCAGUUUUCGUUCAAAGCUUUUAUCAAAAAAAUGUUCAAAGUAAGUUUCGAAACUAAAAUAUUUAUGUAUUCUAUAGGGUUUAUAGUUUAAUUUAAAACGAUAUAUAUAUAUAUAUAUAUAUAUAGAUUAAUUAAAUUAGACUUUUUACUUAUAUGAUUUUGUAAUCCUUUGUAUUUUGUCAUAAAAAAAAUUUAAACUAUGGAUCAUAAAAUUUGAAUGUGAGACUUUUAACAGUUUUAGUAAUUUAUAGUUGUUUUUAAAAUUUCAAAAUAUAACAUAUACAAAAAAAUCUAAAUUUUUAUUAUAUGGUAAUUGUGAUUGUUUAAUUUAUUUUAAUAUUUUAAAAUUAAGCAAAUAUGAUAGAAGAUACACUAAUUUUUAUCAAAUCUUCAAAAUCAUUCAUUGCCAUAUAUACAUUAGCCACAUUAGGAAAUUCCGUAACUUUUAUUUAAGAAAAUAAUAAAGAACAUUAAUAAUGAAUUUAUGUUUAGUUUAAUAAAAAACUUAUUAUAUAAUUAGAUUGACCAAUCUAUUUUUCUAAUGAUUCUAAGAAUCAACCUAAUGAUGAUACGUGGCUACCAAAAAAUUAUAAUGUUUCUCAAUUAAUAUAUAAGAGAUACCGUGUGCUCUCCCUGCCAAAUGGCAUUCUCCUAUUUUGUCCUGCCUUAAAGUGGGACCUAAAAAAAAUAGCAUAAAAUAAAAAUUUACGUGUUACACUUAAUUUGGGGAGUCAAGUGCUCAGGUACUCUUAAUGAGGGAAAAAGUGAUCUAGCGUACUCUCAUGUAAUCUGCCAUACUCUUAUCUGUUUUCCUACUCUUCAACUCGAUGGUCAAAGUCGAAAGUGCCCCUCUCUACUUGACCAAUGAACAUCCUCUCUACUUGACCAAUCAAAACGCUCCUUUACUUGACCAAUAAAAAAAAAGCGCGGUUUAUCUCUCUCUCCUGUCCAGGUGGAUUUUCUUAAUUAGUUUUAAUUUUUCUCUCUCUUCCCUAAUUGUUAUAAUUGUCUCUCUCGACGGACGGCGAAGAAAGCGAGAGAAUGAAAGCUAGAGCGAUCAUUCGGAGUUUCUAUUGUAAAGGAGAUUGCAGCGAGCGUGGGUGCUGUAAUUGACCCCCAACCCAGGUCAGAUAAACUUCAGUUAAAGCAUUGUCUUGUUCUGUAUCUUAUAACUCAAUCCCAUCAUAGUGGACUCGAAUGAAUGAACUCAAUGCGGCUCGUUAGGUUGGGAUUUUUAGACAGUAGAUUUCGAAUAUAUGGGUCUUUGUGUUGUCAAUUGAGAGCUGUAUGGUGUGUUUGUAAUCAAAGUCAACAAGAAAUGUCGGGAAUCAAAGCUGAAAUCCAGAAUUAAAAGGGUGAAACUGGUAGACUAUAAAAGUGUAAAUAGGUGAAACUUUACUGUUGAGAAAAAGUGUAAACAAGUAUAAUUUAGUAGGACUUUAAUAGCAAAACUGUAUAACUAGGAUUAACUUUAAUUGUAUACUUUUAUUUGGUACAACAGAUAAUGGGUUAUUCUUCUACAAACAUACACUUUCACUAUGAUGGACAAUAUGCGAAAUCUGGAGAUGAUUAUGAAUGGAUUCCAAGCGAUGGUCGUUUGUAUGGUAUAUCCUUUAAGACAUCAUCAUUGGAUGAGAUCAUUUAUUCAUGUUUGAAGGAGAGGAUAUGCAAGAAGAAGAGCAUAGAUCCGUGUUUAAAGAGGAUGAAUCUGAGUUAUAUUCCACUGGUAGUAGAACCUAAGAGGCAAUCAUAUAUUUUGGAUGAUGAAGAUGUGUAUGUGUAUCUGACAUCAGUGGAUAAAGAGGGAAGAAGAAGUAUUUUGCAUGUAGAGGUCAUCGAAGAUAUGGAAAUAGUUCCAGUAAUGGAGCAACAAUCAGUAGUUGAGAAAGAAAGCUCAUAUGGUGGGAACUAUAGUGAGCUUGCGAGUGGAUUACCCGAAGUUGAAGGUAAUCAGGGUGCACUCACUCUAUUUCCUCGCAUUGAAGAAGCAGAACUAUAUCUGCCGGGGGCUGAACGGGUGGAGAAUGUUGUUAUAAAUGGAGAAGCCGACGAAAAGUCAUUAAUGUUGUUAAUGGAGAAGCCGGAAAAGGGGGCAUUAAUGUUGUUAAUGGGCAAGCCGGCGAAGGGGGCGUGGACAGUGAGGGCGACGUGGAUAACUCUAUGGGUGUUCGUCCUAGUUCGUACUAUGUUGAGCUCCUACGUGUUGCAAAAGAAAAUCCAGUGGUUAAAGAGUGGGAAGAUGGUUUGGGUCUUCAGUUGUUUCAAGAAUUUGAGAGUAAAGAAGCUGUGAAAGAUAUUAUUGAUAGAGCAUCACAGGAGAACUGUUUUGGAAUCAGUAUUUGCAACUCGGACAGGGGUCGAUAUGUGGUGAAAUGUCGGGGAGCUGAUGAAGGUUGUAAAUGGAGUGUGAGAGCAACAAAGAUAAAUAAUUCUGAAGCGUUCUCGAUUAGAACAUACAGGAAUAUGCAUUCAUGCUCUCGCGUAACUUCAAGUACUGGAAAGAAAAGGAAAGUUACACCAAGAUGUGUUGCAGCUAUAGUGCACAAGGAUUAUCCGGGACUAUAUGAGAUACCAACAGCAAAAAUCCUAAAAGGUCUGGUGCAAAGGAAAGUGGGUGUGGAAGUGUCGUAUACGACAUGUUUGAGAGGAAAAAAACUAGCUGUUGCGGAUAUUCGUGGUGAUCCCGAGAAGAGAUAUAGAAUAUUGCCUGCUUAUUUGUAUAUGUUAGAGAAGACGAACCCGGAUACAAAAACAAGUUUGGUAGUGGAUAAAGACAACCGGUUCAGAUACCUAUUUGUUGCGCUGGGAGCCUCCAUUGAAGGGUUUGAAUACAUGAGGAAAGUCAUCACUGUGGAUGCAACUUUUCUGAAGACUAUUGAAGGUGGUUGUUUAAUUAUUGCCACGGCUCAGGAUCCAAACCUUCACCAUUAUCCAAUAGCCAUUGCUAUGGUUGAUGGGGAGAAAAACGAAAGCUGGAAGUGGUUUUUCACGACGCUGAAAACUGUUAUACCGGAUUCGACGGAAUUUGUGUUUGUUUCAGACAGAAAUCCAAGUCUGAUAAAAGCUGUUGCUGAAGUGUAUCCGAUGUCUAAACGUGGGUAUUGUAUCUGGCAUAUAUCGCACAAUGUGAAAGGUCAUGUCAAUCAUGGCAGGGACGAGGUUGCACUACUAUUCCGAAAGGUUGCAUGUCUUUAUUCAGAGCCUGAGUUUAAAAAUCAGUAUGACGAUUUUAGGGAGAGGUAUCCAUCGUGUGCUAGGUAUCUUGAUAAAAGUGUCGAAGUCGAACGGUGGGCGAAGUGUCAUUUCCCCGGUGCUAGGUACAACAUAGACACCUCUAAUUGUGCGGAGUCUUUGAAUGCGGUAUUUGAAAAGGCGCGAAGGAUGUCUUUAUUGCCUAUGCUUGAUACAUUUAUUGAGAAAAUGUCUGAGUGUUUCAACAGACAUAGGAAGGAUGCAGCAGAAGGACCAUCAUCUCGAAAAUUGGUUCCUUUGGUGGAGAACAAAUUGCAUAACAGAACACCGAAAGGUUCUAAACUUACAGUGACUCCGCUGAACACUUUUCAGCUUGAAUACAGUGUUACUGGAGCAGACAGGAAGACUUAUUCCGUAGAUUUGCAACAUAAAACGUGCAGUUGCAGGAAGUUUGAUAUAGAUAAAUACCCAUGUAGACAUGCAAUAGGCGCUAUCAUUAAGUGUUUGAAGCAUGAUAGACCAUUACAGUUGAGUGACAUGUAUGAUUUCAUUUCGAAAUAUUACUUUAUUACACUGUGGGCCAAAGCGUAUCGAAGGACUAUAUAUCCAGUCCCUCAUAUAACUCAUUGGAUGGUUCCAAAAGAAGUCGUGGCGGCGAAGUGUCCUCUACCUCCAGACUACAAGAAAAGAAAGGGAAGACAUCAGGAAAAAAGGCAUCCUUCGGCGGGAGAAAGUCGGUCCCGUCCCCGUCCUAAUAAGUAUAUCCCGAAUAGGGGUCUGGCUAGCUAUUUCAACUGCUCGAAGGGGACUGAAGGAACUGAAGGAGCUGAAGGAACUGAAGGAGCUGAAGGAACUGAAGGAGCUGAAGGAACUGAAGGAACUGAAGGAGCUGAAGGAACUGAAGGAACAGAAGGAACUGAAGGACCUGAAGGGACUCAAGGAACACAAAGCACUCGAGGAACUGAAGGACCUGAAGGAACUGAAGUGUUAUAUGAAUGUGAACCUUAGUGAAACCUGAUUAAAGUGAUUUCGUUUUAUGUUUGUAAAACUUGGUGAAACUUUCGUUAUGUAACCUUUCGUUAGUUGAUGAUUUAUAUUACAGUUGCGAUGACAUAACUUAUCCAUGUUCUAGGAAGAUGACGUGACGUAUUCAACAUGUUGUGAAAUCCGAAAAACUUCGAGUGAAAAAAAUAUAAUCUGGAACACAUUUUCUGUCGAAUGGGAAGGGAAUACAUCAUUGUUAGCUAUAUUUUUUGUAUACACUACCUCGUGGGAUU